UUUGCUAUUAAAUGCAUAAACAAACACGGUCUUAAAGCUAAUUUAUAUAUACCUUCCUGCUGUGAAGAGGACAAGGAAUUUCUGAGACACUUGAUCCAUGAAGUUAGUUCCACCUAAACUGACGUGCAAAACCAACGCUGCAGCGCCCUCCAGCGACCAGUGUGUGUGUGAUCAGUGACACAUGUGAAAAGUAUAUUGAGAAAGAAUAUAAACCUUGUCUCUCUGUAGAAUAUUAGAGACAGUCAACAGUGAUAUGCACCAACAUUUAAAGGAUUAAAUUAACACCAGACUGUUUUAAAGUGAAUAAGGAAAUAAUCAGAGUUGUUGUUUUUUUUUCCCUUUGUGUUUUUUCUUUUUAGGUUAAAAGUAUUGAUUUGCGCCUGCAGCUGUGUCUGUGAAAUCCUCAGCUGUCACUCAGCCUGUGUUUGGGAUCCAGCAGCCUGGAUCAGAGCCGUGCGUGUCCGCCGCUCUCCGCCACACUGCGGCUGGCUGCCGCUCUGACAAUGACCUGAAUGCUGAUUAUUGUGGAGAUCGACAAAGGAGACAAGGAGAGGAGGAGAUGAACCGUUUCCCGAGAGUUGGGGAGAAUGGAGGGCUGCUGACGGACUGCAGGGAGCUGUCACCCAACCACACCGCCGCCUCCUCCUCCUCCUCUUCCUCCUCCAUCCCCUCCUCCUCCUCCUCCUCCUCCUCCAGCGCUGCUGGCUCAGCCGACAGACACGCGGCCCUGCCCUCGCUCCAGACCCGGGGACCUGGCGGCGGCGGGUCGGAGCCGAGGAGAUCCGCACUGAAACGGAGCCGAUCCGGCCGGGAGGGACGAGAGGAACCCGAGGCGGCGGCGGCGGCGGAUCAGUCCGUGGCUACUGUCGCGCUGCGCGGCGGCGGACAGGUGCGCGUCGGGGCGGAUAAGCAGCAGCAGCAGCGUCGGGAGGCUCAAGGACGCAGAGUCAGUGGAGAAAGUGUGGAGAUGAUUUCUACGGUCAGCAGAGACGCGGAAGGAAGCGGCAACAACAGCUGCAGCAACAGCGUCUCCGACGUGACCGCGGCCGCUCCUUCUGCGCCAUGCGCCAAAGCCAAGGAGGAGAGGAAGGGGAAGAACGUGAUCCGGGGCUGGAAGAGGGAGAGGGACAGGGAGAGGGACGCCGCCGCUCCUCCUGCCCGUACCAGGAAGGAGAAGCCCGGCGAUGGCUCGUCUCCUCCUCCCCCUCCUCCUGCUCCUCCUCCUCCUCCCUCCGUCUUCCUCCCGUCGUCCGCCCUGCCUGAGCAUCAUCAUCUGUGCCGCGACGGCCCCGGACACUGCCACUGCGCCGCGGCGGACUCCCGGAUCGCGGCAGACAACGUGAACAACAACAACAACAACAACAAUAAUAACCAGAACUGCCACAGAAGCGCUCUGGAUUGUGGAGCAAAAAGCGGCGGCGGCGCUAUUGUUGUCAGGCGGCAGCAUGACGACACGCCGGCCGCCAAGAAACACAGAGGAGCCGAGAAGGUGGACACCAUGUUCACGGUGCCAGCUCCCCCUGCUCCGGGUCACCCGGGGGCUCCCGGCUCCUCCCUGCCCUCAGCGCCCUCCUUCUCCUCACCGGCCCUGCCCACCUCCAACCCGAAGCAGCUGGCGGUGAGGACGAGGUCUAUUGGCACCAACACCCAAGACGGAGGAGUCUCGGGGGCGCUGGACGGCGACUCCGCCUGCUUGGGACCCUGCCAGCCCGGGACCAGCGUCAACUUGGAGGGAAUCGUCUGGCACGAGACGGAGGAAGGUGUGCUGGUGGUGAACGUGACGUGGAGGAAGAGAACCUACGUGGGGACUCUGCUGGACUGCACCAAACAUGACUGGGCUCCUCCGAGGUUUUGUGAGUCUCCGUCCAGCGACCCUGAGCUUCCCGGGGCCCGGGGCCGAGGGAAGAGGAUGCGUUUGGCCAUGACCGACCGCUCCUGUGUGGAUCCGCCCCCCACCACCAAGGUCAGGGGUCUGUCCCAGCACAGGAGCCGGGGAGGGGGCGUGGCCGGGGCCGCCGCCUCCAUCCACAGCAAGGGGCGGAGGGGCAGCCUCAACCUCAUCAACAGCAACUGCAGGGCGCCUCCUUCCUUCUUCACGGUGGAGGAGGUGAAGCCCCCCAGCAGCAGCGCCCCCUCCCUGUCCUCCGGGAAGAGGAAGAACAAACCUCCGGCCGACCUGGACCUGAGCCUGGUCUCCUCGGACGACGUCAAGAACGGGAACGGGAAGAGGAUCCGAGCCAAGUCCCGCAGCGCCCCGUCCACGCCGCAGGGCAAGUCGGACCCCUCCUUCAUGGAUCCAGGGGGAGGUUGCGCCUCCUCGCCGCCUCCGCCGCCCAUCCUCAUCGACUGCCCCCACCCAAACUGCACUAAACGCUACAAGCACAUCAACGGGCUGCGCUACCACCAGACGCAUGCGCACCUGGAGGCCGAGGAGCCCAGGAAGCCGGAGCUGGAGCCCAUGAAGGACGGGGAGAGCGAGGAGCGACUGUCGGACUGUGAGGACGCCGUGGCCUUUGACCUCUCGGAGACCAACAGCUCCUCAAACAGCUCCUCGAAGAAACCAGCUCCUCUGUACAAGGUGACCACAGUGGGGUCUCCUAAAAACAGACGACUGCUCCUCAGCACCGACCACAGCCCCACAACCAAAACCAGAAGAACCUCGCUGCUAAAAGACGGCCUGAUCGACGACCUCAGCAACCUGCCCAUCAUCUCCAACAUGACGGUGGUUCUGGAGAACUGCAUGGUCCCGGACAGGAACUCCUCGGUGGAGAUGCCCAAGCUGGAAGCCGAGGGUUUGAUCGAGAAGAAGGGGGGCGCCUGCGAUAAGGGCAAGAAGGCCAACGGGAAGGUGGAGAAGCUGUGCAAGUCGCGGACCAACCGGCCGAUCGCUCCGGCCCCUGCUCCGCCCAAACUCAUCGCCAUACCCAACACGGCGUAUCCGGCGGAUUCUGUCACGUCGCAGUCCCCCAUGGCCGCCGUCGGCCUGACGAGCAAAAACCUCCCCCUGAAACCCAUCAAACCAAAGCUGAGCAUCGUGGUGGAGCCGAGCCUCGUGAAAGCCGCGCUGGUUCCCUGCAGCAAGGAGACCAGGAAGAAGGAAAAACGGAAGCUGAAGGACAAACACAACAAAGACGCACCGGCCAGGACGCCCAACGGCGACGGCGGCGGCGCCGCCAAAAUGGAGGACGUUAGCUCUAAAAUGUGCGUUAAAGAAAUUUCCGGGAGCCUCCUGAAGGAGCACCUCAGUAAACAGGAUGUGAUGAACGGACUCUCUGAGAGCCAGGAGAGCAGGAUGGCCAGCAUCCGCGCCGAGGCCGACAAGGUCUACACCUUCACCGACAACGCCCCGAGCCCCUCCAUCGGUGGCUCGUCGCGGCUCGACGCUAGUGGUGGUUGCCUGGCGACGGGGGACGGCAGCAGCAAGAACAACAGCCCCGCCUACUCUGACAUCUCGGACGCCGGCGACGACGGCGGAUCCUCCGAGUGUCGCUCAGACGGCCUCAGACCCAAGUCCGGCUCCUCCGCUUCCUCUGAGGUGAGCUCCACCAGCAGUAGCCACGGCAACGCUGGGAAAACCCCUCCCACAGCGUCCGCCCCUUUAUCGAAAGACCCCCAGUCCCCGUACUACCACGGCUACGACCCCUACUACCUGCAGGGGUACAUGCAGUCUGACCGGCAAAACAGCAGCAGCAGCAGCGUUGCUUUCCACAAAACCAAUGCACACGACGUCAAAGGGAAGGACAGGAAGGAGGACAUGAAAGAGGACGACAAAAACGACUUCUCGGACUCUAAGAAAGGCGACGGGCCGGCUCAGUCUCAGCUGCAGCUGGCGAUGAGUCAAACUCAAACAGCUUUGGCCCAGUCGCUUUACUACGGCCAGUACUCCCGCGGACUCUACAUGGACCAGAAGCUGCUGCUGGCGUCUAAGUGCUGCGACCAGACGUCCAGCAGCAACAAGCAGAGGGGACAGGGGCUGAGAGACGGCGAGGACAUCAAACACAUGGUUGGUAAAGGCGGUCAAGACGGCGCCAAAGGCUGCUGUCCCAAGCCCGUCCUGUCCUACGUGGAGAUGAGCGACAGGGGGGAACGGGGCAUGAAGGCGGUGCACGGCGGCCUGGUGGACCAGCACCAGGUCUCAAUGAAAGACUGCGAUGACAUCAAGUCGCCCUCCUCUUCCUCGUCUUCAUCCCUCCACAACCCAAACAGUCAGACAGAUCUGGACUCAAAUGUUUCCUUUUCCAGUCCCUCAGACGGCCCGGCCUGGGCUCACCGCCUCGCUCACAGCAAAUACUCAGAGCUACAGAGUCAACACGGGGAGGAGGCGGAGGAGGGUGAAGCAGACAGUGGAAAAGACUGGGGCGCUACCGUGGAGCCUGCCGGGGCCAAGAUGACCUCCGGAGGGGAUAGAGGGGGAGGAGGAGGAGGUGUAGAUGCUAAAAAAGCCAGGGUGCACGGAUCCCUCGAUGUCCCGCCCGCCAUCGACGCCGAGGAGUCGGACCGUCUGGAAGGCCUGGAGGAUCCGAGCCAGGACUCGAUGGGGGGGCUCUCCGAGGAGUCCCAGAGCGCUCGGGCGGCGGUUUCUCCUCCGAUGACCCCUCAGCAGCCCUACAUCCAGUACCAGCACGCCUCCUACCAGCCCUACUUAGCCAUGUGUGAGGGCGGCGGGGGCUCCUACAGAGGGGUGUCCCCAACCUUGGUCCACAAUUACCCAGGUUUCCACUACCCUCUGUACGGUAAGACGGCGGGGAGGGAGGAGUCCGAGGUGACUCCGCCCGGCAGAGGAGGAGCGGUGAGCGGCAAACAGAGCGGAGACUCGGCCUCGUCCACGGCCAUGGAGCUGCUGCAGCAGCAGAGCCACCAGUACCACGGCAAAUCUCCAGCUCCGGGGGAGAAAGGUUCACCUGAGGGAGAGAGAGAGGCCGAGAGAGAGAGGAACCACAUGUCGUUCGCCCGACACCUGCACACGCACCAUCACACACACCUGGGCAUGAGCUACAACCUGAUGUCAGGACAGUACGACAUCUACCAAGGGUUGAGCUCCAGGUCUCUGGUCUCCAGUCAGCAGGUGUCAGGUCACUCGUCCUCAGCUGACAGCGAAGGGAAGAAGUAAGGACCAUGUGACCACGUCUCACAUGAGGAGCAGCAGAUUUAUCAGACAUCAAUUCCAUGGUGUUGAAUAAGCUUCGCCUCGCUGAGAGGCAGAGAACAGAAAAAAUAAAUAACUAAAUGAAACUUUCAUUUCUUACUAAUGACAACCAUUAGUUUUAUAAGUCAUCACAGAGGAGCAGGGGGGCCGACUGAGGGGUGGGGGGGGGCAGGACCGGGACCGGGACCGGGACCGGGAUCGGGACCAGAUCCGGAGGAGCAGAUCCAGAAUCUUUUGGAGCUUUUCAGUUUUGCAGAGUUUUACCAGGAGCAGGCGUCGGCUGUGGUGUUCAACUUUAUAAAAUGCACAUUUAUGGUGGUGUGUUACCAUGACGAUGUGACUGAAUGUACUGAUGAUGAUGAUGAUGACUAUCCCGAUGACGUGGAUUGUUUUUUUUUUGUUUUUGUUUUUUUUUUAAAAGCUCCCGAUGGUCGGGGGCAAAAGCAACAUUAGGAAGCUAAAAAGUAUAUUCUUAUCCUUAUUAUUCUCAUUCUGAUUAUUGAAGUGGUCCUCCUCCCUCCAUAGUGCUCACGCUACAUUUGUAUUACUAACCUGUACUUGAGCGUAACCAUGUUGAUUGUAUUGUCUUUAUGUGAGAGUAAACCUUCACAUCGACCUGCCCGGAGCCAUGUAGGAACCCACUGGUGUAUAUAUCCUGUACAGAUUCAUGGCCGAGCACUAACACGCUUUAUUGUACACUAUGUCGAUCUCCAUCAGCCGUGCAGGGGAGCAGAGCGCCGCGGGGGGGGAGGGGCCUGUUGAAUGUCGACGCCGCGUCUCGGCCCCAGUUUGUACCACAUGUUAUUGUAGCAGCGUCCUGGACCAAAAAACCUCUCACCAGGGUCUGGACGCCAGAGAACAGCUCAACACCCACAGUUUGGUUUGUGGUGGAAAGUCGGUUCCAGUUUGAGCUCAGCGGGACCAGAACAGUAACACAACUCACCUAGAAAUGUGUUGUUUUAGUGCAAAGCAGAACAUUAUUAAACAUUUAACAUGUAACAAGCUGCACCGUCACGAAGUAGAGAAACUCUCACUGAAGCUGUGUGAAACCCGAGGAAUAGCAGCUACUUUUAUUGGAACAAAUUUAAUUUUUGCGCUUUGUGUUUCAUUAGACCCCCUUUGUAGUUCAUUAAACAUGAACUUACAUGUUUAAAUCCAGAUUCCUCGUCACUAUAUUCCUGUUAUUGUGACGAGAACAGACUCAGAUCCAUGGAUUUGGGCUGAUUCUGUUCUCAAGUCGUUGCUAAUUCAGAGUGAAGCCGUUCGUUCUUUCUGUCGUACGUAGCUCAGCGCGUCUUUGCUAAACUAAACCUUCUGUUCCAUAACCAGAUAGUUUGCAAAAAUGUGCAUUUUAAUGUUAAAACCGAGCAGCUCCUUCUGUCCACAUUAGCUAAUCUUCUUCAGUAUUUGUGCCAAAACAAAAAGCUUGACGUUAAAGUCAUGACAGCGCUGCUUUAGUUAGCGAUGAGCUAAUGAGCAGAUAAUCUAAUGAAGGACUUUAAUAUGAGUCCAAAAUGAAUAAUCAAUAAAUGAAUAAAUUUAUUUAUUCAUUUAUUGACAUUUUUCUUUUUCUACCAUCUAAACAAAGCGUCCAGUGACUAGCUAGGCUAGUUGUAGCAUGCUAGUAGAGAAGCUUUAGCCACCGAUAACCAUACUGAUUGUUUUCCAAUUUCUUGUAUUUUAAAAACAAUUUUUAAUGCUCCAACAUGUUUGCGACAGAGUUUUUAAAUUAUAUAAAUAUUUGAGGGAAAUAAAUCUGAACAUUUAACAAACUAUUAUUAUUUUUUUAUUUAUUUAUUUUUGCAUUUCCUGCAUUGAUUUACACGGUUGUUAGCUCGCUGAAGUGUCAAUGUUAAUAACUGUUAUUUGUUAAUUAAUAAUGAAUUAUUUCCAUUUUUUUAUAUAUAAUUGAUGAAUAAUGUUGUUAGCUACGUCUAACUGACCCAGUUAUUUCCCAGUUUUAUUCAAAUUUAAGCUUUAACAAUAGCGACUGGAUUUGAAAUCAAAUGAAGGAGCUAAACGUGACCAUAAACAAACACACAAACACACAAACAAACAAACACUGACACUGAUGACACGAAUCCGUGGGUUAAUGAAAGUUGAGCAUUUAAACCUCAGAAUAUAAAUGGUGCUGAAAUCAAACGUACAAACUGGGGCUUUUCAUCCCCGUGUCUCUCUCUGAAGGAUAAAUCCAGUUUUAAUUUCCACAUUAAUAUUAAGUUCAGGAACAAAUAACACAGAGAUUCUGCGUCACUGUUUCUGAAAAAUGAGUCGACUUUAUCGUGCUGCUUGAAAUGAAAUCCUAAAGUUUGAGGCAGUUUCUGUUCAGAUAUUUGACGUAAUUAUCCGUGGAUUGAAAUAGUGACAGUGGGGAUGCUCACAUGAACGUCUCUCGACCUUCGACCUCUGCUCCCAUGCUUCCUACAAGCCAGCUAGCUCAAAGCAGAGCCUCCGAUAGACACGGCAGCAACGUCUCACCAGAUCUUUCCAAACAUCUUUGUUUGGCAUCGUCUGCUUUGCCUGAGCCACGUUUGGAGCUUCUUCUUAUCUUCAUCUAAAAUCUCUGAUUUGACUGUUGGAUUGUCCAGAUGCCGGCCUAGAAUUUUAUUUGACAAGACUACCUUAUAUAAAUGAAAUAUAUCGUGUGUUUGAUUAAAAUAACCGACCCUUGGCUGACGACACCUUGUCUAUCAGCGGCUCUGCCUCACUACACAACUCCUUACCUGCAUAGUAUCCGUGAUCAUUCUAUUACUUGAAUAUAGUGCUAUGAACUCUGUUUACAAAAUGCUGUCGACUUUUGGGAGACACGGUGUUGUCUUAUAAAGGCUGCUUGGUAUGUUCAGUUCAUCCCGCUGGUGAAUCCAGUCAAUGACUCACUGAAACCGUCUAAACAUGAAACCUGCUGUUGCUUUUUUAUACUGUAUAUGCCUUAAUUCAUAUGUUUGGCAAUCAUGAUUAAAGGAUGUUUAUAUAUAA